UUUGACAGUUGCCGAACUGCUGAACAAUUUAAGAAAACCGCCAUUAAAAACCGUCGGUGCAGAAAAAAUCGUCGUGCCGGGAAAUAAAACCAAUUCCGCCCGAAAUGUGUGAUACUAUCCAGCCAAUAUUGAUCGAGGUGGCCUGUAGCCGAGGAUUUAACAAAACCCAACAGCGCGCCGAAGUCUUCACGCACGUUCACGAAUUCCUCGUGGAACAGGAGGAGAUCGCAAUCGGGACAGCGAUCAAUAUUCCGGUGAAAUGUGUGCAGCAAGUGCUGGUGUGCACCAAUGUGGACAAGUUUAUGCAACGAUCGGCUCUGCAGUUCCACUUCUAUGUGCUGCAUGAGGGGGAAGCGGAAGAAGAAACGAUCGAACACGGUGGCCAAACGACGGCGAUCGCACAACAUCUGGUGUUGCCAUCGCGGGAACUGCACGGGCUCUGGGAAAGCCUUAUCUAUGAAGAGGACAUCAAGCAGGGCAUGCUUUCGUUUGCGGAAACGUCGAUGCUGUUCUCGCGUAGAGGCGUCAACAAUAAGCUGAUUGCUUGCAAUCGGAUGGCCCUGUUCCAUGGACCGCCCGGUACGGGAAAGACGAGUUUUUGCCGAGCGAUUGCCCAAAAACUGGCCAUCCGAUUGAACGAAACGUACAAACACGCGCAUCUACUGGAAAUCAACAGCCACAGUUUGUUUUCCCGCUGGUUCUCAGAAAGUGGCAAAUUGGUACAGAAAGCAUUCUCGCAGGUGAUCGAUCUGCUACAGGAUCCUAAUGCGUUGGUGUGCCUUUUGAUCGAUGAGGUCGAGUCGCUCGCAUUUGAACGGAGUAAAAUAUCCAACAACGAACCAACCGAUAGCAUACGUGUGGUGAAUGCUGUCCUGACGCAGCUCGAUCGCAUUCGACGCUUUCCGAAUGCUUUUGUGCUGGCCACAUCUAACAUGAUGAACAUCAUCGACACUGCCUUUCUGGACCGCGCAGACUUUGUCCAGUACAUCGGAUACCCGACGGAACCCGCCAUCUACGAGAUCUAUCGAAUGGCGUUGCAGGAGCUCAUCGAUGUGAAGAUUAUUCAGGAGGAAGAGGAGGAGGAGGAUCCAGCAAAACGACAGAUAAUUCCAUCAUACACUGAGGCAACUCAGCCAGGUCGUUGUCCUUGCACGGUCGCAGAGUUUUUGUUGCAACUCGUGCGAGUAUCAGAAGGUUUGAGCGGCCGUGCUUUGCGCAAAAUUCCUUUUCUUGCGCAUGCCCUCUUCGUGAAGAGAAAAACAGAAACUCUACUGAACUAUAUGAUCACCAUGCGGCAAACGGUACGUAAGUAUCGUUCAGAACAAACCAUGCUCGGUCGGGAAACGGCCGGGUCAAUUUCGCUACAACAGAAAACUCUAAAUGGCCAUACAAGCUCUCCGAAUAACCUGUAAGCACCCUUCGAAAACGAUUAGCGUUCAUCUGCACCCUCUAAACUAUCUCUUUGUCUGUGACUUUAAUCGAACUUAUUGUUACUAAUUUUUAACCAAAUUCAAACAGA